GUGAGACUUUCCUCCACUCUCCACUCUCCACUCCACUUUCUUCGUCGUAGAAAUGUCGUCGGCAAUUGCCGCAGCGGCGUUCGAGUAAACGUAGAAACAUGUCCGGAGUGUCCGGACCGAUAGUCGGUCGUGCGCAGACACUCGGCGACGGCGUACAAACGGGUGCGGAGCUGAUCUGCGCGGUUUGCGACAAGACCGACAAGCUGUCGAGGUGCUCGCGUUGCAAAGUCGUCUUCUACUGCACCAAGGAGCACCAGAGACGCGACUGGAAACGUCACCGGGAAUUUUGCGCGACUCACCCCGUGGCCGUCGCGUCUACGGAGGAGCCGUUCUCUGCCACCUCUGCCACCGUCGUCCUCGCGAACGAGCGUUCCGACCGCAAGAUCGGCGAGAUCGAGAUCCCGUCCAAGCGGCAUCCCCCUAUCGGCAAUAAUCGAGCCUCGACUGUUCCGAGUGCGCUGGCUCCUAACCUAAACAGGACCUCGGUCUCGGAUGCACCGUGGGACUCGAACGUCACCUCGGAGCCGUGUCGAGACGAGAAGCAUUUGGCAGAUUCAGUUGCGCGAGAAGAAAACGGAUCGAGUCAACGAGAACGGAAAGGGAAUCAGAAUCUUAAGAAGAAGUCAAAUAGCGGGAAGACAAAGAGUGCGCGAAAUAACAAGGUUGAUGGCUGGACAUCGCCUAUAACAUAUGAAGGUAGUUCGGAAGACACUAUACUAGGAGCUCAAGCCGAGCUCUUGAAUCCCAUUUUAGAGAGUUCAAGAAUUUUCGACAGUUUAAGCAACGUGGAUCUUGGCUCUCCCGCUCAACAUCGUAACGGCAUGAAGAACUUGACGGAGAUACAGGAUCAGGAAGAAGAACUUCUGCCUCCUUUUCUACACAAGAAUAAAAGCAAUCUCAAGCAACUUCUAGACAAAAUUUGCCCAUAUGUGAUAAGGGAUAUGGACAAGUACGGCGUAUGCGUAGUGGACAAGUUUUUAGGCAAGGAGAGAGGUCUCAAAGUGUUGAACGAAGUGUUAAAUAUGUAUAGUGCCGGAUUAUUUCAAGACGGACAGUUGGUUUCCAAUAAAGGUAGCGCGAAUGACUUAAAGACGAUACGCGGCGAUCAGAUAAUAUGGCUAGAUGGAAAAGAAGAGCAGUGCGAAAAUAUUGGCACGUUGAUAUCACAGGUCGAUGCGAUCAUCAUGAAAGCCAAUAAAAUGCAUAAUAACGGGAAAAUAGGAAACUAUACCAUCACUGGAAGAACGAAAGCGAUGGUAGCUUGUUAUCCCGGUCACGGUUCACAUUAUGUGAAACAUGUGGAUAAUCCUAACCGAGACGGACGGUGCAUCACAGCAAUUUAUUAUCUUAAUCGGGAUUGGGACGUCAAGGAGAAUGGCGGACUUUUGAGGAUAUUUCCUGAAGGCUGGCGCGAUCAAGUAGCAAACAUAGAACCUUUGUUCGAUAGGAUAUUAUUUUUCUGGUCGGACAGGCGAAAUCCACACGAGGUGCAACCAGCGUUCAAGACGAGAUACGCCAUUACGCUUUGGUACUUCGACGCCGAAGAGAGGAAUCAGGCUUGCCGAAGAUAUCAAAGGGAAAGAGAACUGCAUACGAAGAAUAGUUCGUGAGACACAGAGCGUGAAGAAGUCGACGACUACGCCGUCCGAUUGGACUGAAGUUAUACUUGUACAUAAAAUAUUAUGUAUUAUUAUGUAUUAUGAUAAUUUUUGCAGGAGGAAUUGAAUAACAUACGAAGAAAAUUAUCGAAGACUAUGCGUGUUUGCAAGGAAGUGCAAUAGACGUAAGAACGUACUUUUUUUUACAGAUGGCACUGUAAUAUAUGUGAUGAAUUAAUGUGUGUAGUUGUUGCAAUUUACGCAUAUAUAUAUAUUAUUUCGAAUUUCUGAGAUUCUACGUGUUCGCACUAUAAUUCAUGUAACCUAAUAUUUAAAAUAUCAAAUUUGCUUCCUAUAUGUUUUGAAGAAAACUUAUAUUUGUGUCGAUCAUUAACUUCCGUUAUGUAAAGUAUUAACAAUAUUUAGAGCAUGUUGCAUUUGAAAUAUAUUUUAAGCGAAACCAUAGAAUAUAAUGUACAAAAAAUUUCUUCCAGGAAUUUAUUAUUUCGAUUAAUACACCUUGAUUUCAAGUAAAUUUGCUUCCACAAUCUAUCUGUAUGCAUUAUUUUUUUAGCAAAUGUCAAACCAAUUGUGGUUGUUAAAGGAUUAUACUGGAUCACACAAAGUAUAAUGUUAGUAUUAUUAUUAUGUUGUAAUGUUACGAUUGAUUACAUUAAUUAACGACUCUUUACGCUUAUAUAAAGAUCAUGUUUGGUUUAUUACGGCCAGUACGUGACUUAUGCUUCCAGUGCGAUAAAUUGAAAAAAUUAAAUUGGGGCCCAGUCUGUACCUGUAUAAUGUUAUGUAUAUUGCAAAACGGUAGAAACACUGUGUUUAAUAUUCUAUGUACCUAUUUAUAUGGAUUGAUAGGAAAGAAAAUAAGCAUGCGCGUACCAUCUGUGUCCUAUUCAGGUCUGAUACACCAUCCUAGUAGUCAUCCCAAUAUAGGAGAUACAAGAGAAACAAACAGUUUAAAAAAGGUAUUAUGUUCGUGAUAUAUUAUAAAUAUAUUCCAUCCUACAAAUUGAAAUUUUCACUAAGUUACGUCUCAAUAUUUCCUACUGUAUCGUUAGACAUGGAGGAUUAAAUGUAAGAAAU